CACAGCACAGUGACUCUUAUGCUGCUGUCACACCUUUUCGACGUGACAAUUGUGACAGUCAGCAUCAUCAGCGGCAACUCGGACUUUGCGUACAUUCAGCGGGCCGUGAUGAAGUCUGCCACACACAUGAAGCGGUGCAAGAGCGGCAUAUCGGAGCGGCUGAGAUUUCUGGGGGUGAGGUCGGAGGUCAGAGAGGUUUUGGCU